AUGCUCUGCCGAUGUGGGCCGUGCUCGAGAUUCGAGGGCGGCAUCGUUCGAUGGGGUCGCUUGCGUGAGAGGUCGCGUUCUCCAAGAAGAGGACGUUCCCGAAGCCCGAAUACUCGUCGGUCAUUCUCGCCUCGUGACCGCUCAGCGAGUCAACGUCGACGAAGAAGUCGGUCUCCCAUGACUGGACAGGGUGCAGCUGCUGGAGGAACAGGUUCAGGAUACAGCGGAGCUCCCCAUAGGUCUUACGAGGAGCGCGCGGCGCACAGAGAACAAGUCAUGAACAACAUUCGCGAAACGUCGCAGCAGGACCGCCGCGUCUACGUCGGCAACCUGUCCUACGACGUCAAAUGGCACCACCUCAAAGACUUCAUGAGACAAGCCGGAGAGGUCCUGUACGCCGACGUGCUGCUUCUUCCUAACGGGAUGUCGAAGGGAUGCGGCAUUGUGGAAUAUGCCACCAGGGAGCAGGCACAGCAAGCCGUCGCGACACUCAGCAACCAGAAUCUAAUGGGCAGGCUGAUCUAUGUUCGAGAGGAUCGCGAGGCUGAGCCUCGGUUCGGCCCCCCAGGUGGUAUUCCCCGCGGCGGAUUUGCUGGCGGCAUGGGCGGACCUUACGGUGCCGGCGGCUUCAAUGCUGGCAUGGCGGGCGGCGGUGUCCGCCAGCUCUACGUCUCGAAUCUGCCCUUCAACGUGGGCUGGCAAGACCUCAAGGACCUCUUUCGACAGGCCGCUCGCGUCGGCGCGGUUAUUCGUGCCGAUGUCCACCUCGGCCCCGAUGGCAGACCUAAGGGUUCUGGCAUUGUCGUGUUUGAGUCGCCCGAAGAUGCGCGCAACGCUAUUCAGCAAUUCAACGGCUAUGACUGGCAGGGCAGACUGCUCGAAGUCCGUGAGGAUCGCUUCGCUGGUCCGGCUAUGGGUGCUGGUGGCUACGGUCGCGGCGGUUUCGCUGGCGGGCGCGGAGCCUUCGGAGGCGGAUAUGGACGCGGCGGGUUUGGCGGAGGCCGCGGCGGGUUCGGCUAUGGCGGUGUCCGUGGUGGUUACGGCGGCGGCGUUUUCGAUGCCAACAGCGCCUCGGUCCCGCCCAAUCCCUUCACCGACCACGCCACUGCGGGUGUCGAGAAGUGCGACACCAUUUAUGUCCGCAACCUCCCUUGGUCGACGAGCAAUGAGGACUUAGUUGAGCUCUUCUCCACCAUCGGCAAAGUCGAGCAAGCCGAGAUCCAAUACGAGCCGAGCGGCCGAUCUCGCGGCACCGGUGUGGUCCGCUUCGACAACGCGGACACGGCGGAAACCGCCAUUGCCAAGUUUCAGGCCUAUCAGUACGGCGGUCGUCCUCUUGGCCUGAGCUACGUCAAGUACCUCACGCCGGGCGGUGGUGACAACAUGGACACCGAUCCCCAUGGCGGCCUCACUCAGGACCAAAUCAUGUGAACAAGCGACAGUUCGCUUUCGACGGGCUUGAGGUAAAAGCAUUUUCGGUCUUCGGCAGCCUCCAAUCAUCAGAUUACGCUGCUCACGCAGUCCGCCUUUCUUUUCUUUUCCGGCACCUGGUCGACUCGGAAUUUCGGCAAUCUCCUUGAACGGGCAUGCCCCAAUGCCCCAGUCUAUUUCUUCUGUUUUCCUUGGGCUCUUCGACAUCCGUUCUGAUUUCCUAUGCCAUUUCCCUUGUUCGGCCCGAGGACACACCGGCCACGUUUUCCAUCAUCCUGGGUCCCAGUUACGUCAACCCCUUGCGCCUUGCGGUUGGGCUUUCUCGAGGAGGAUGUCUACUUUCGGGUUGCGGUAACAGGGGAUCGCCUCGAGGCACACGUCCCAUCUACGGCACCGGCAACUCACGACCGCAAAAGUUCUUUGACGAUGUUUUCGCGCUUUGGGCUCUGCGUUUCAUUUGGCAUCGGCAGAAGGGGGGGAGAUCGGAGGGCUUUUUACCCUAGAAUGUACUGUCGAAUAAGCAUCUGAUUCUCCCGUUGAUGGCGGCGUUCGAUGGAAAGGGCAUCGGGCUGUGGUAGGCGUGUUUGCUGGUAAUGGUCUCGUCUUGCGAGAGCGGGCUGGCCUAAAUGGUUGGCGGGCUUUUGGUGAGUUGCGUGCGGCGAAGCGUAGGGAAGAUUUCGCCCCCGCAGAGCGGGACGGGCGUGCUCGGCCUCGGCGUCUCGGUCUGCCCACGAUGGCUGCUGAUUAUACGGAUACCCGGAUACUCCUGAUGAUACCCCUUACGGUUGGAUGGUGGGCUGUGGGCUCCGUUGUCCAGGCAUGCCGUUGCUGGUAAACGGCGGGCUGCCUCCCGUCUGGAGAGGGUGCUGCCUUGCUUGGCGAUGGCUUCCAUAUGACAGAUGUGUCUGUCGAGGUGCGUUUUUGGUUGGGAGAGGCAUACAUGGGCGACAUCUCGGCCAUCUACUUAAUGUAUUAGAUAGAAUAAUGUAUGACGACGUCGCGU